UAUGCAACAGCGGGCUUGUCCUGUGUCUAUGGAGUAACGAUGGCACCAUUCCCUGACGAGGUGGACGUUUUUACUGGUCCACACUGGCGAAUGAAACAGCUAGUGGGCCUAUACUGUGAAAAGCUGUCCAAGACCAACUUUUCCAACAACAAUGACUUCCGCGCAUUUCUACAGUCUCUGUGCGCAACCUUCAAGGAGUUCAAGAUGCACGAACAGAUCGAAAAUGAGUACAUUAUAGGCCUGCUACAACAACGCAGCCGCACUGUGUACAACGUACACUCUGAUAACAAACUGUCCGAGAUGUUGUCACUCUUCGAGAAGGGGCUGCGAAGCGUUAAGAAUGAGUAUGAACAGCUGAACUAUGCCCAGCAGCUGAAGGAGAGACUGGAGGCUUUUACCCAGGACUUCCUCCCUCACAUGAAGGAAGAGGAGGAGGUUUUCCAGCCCAUGCUGAUGGAGUAUUUCACCUAUGAAGAACUGAAGGACAUAAAGAAGCAGGUGAUAGCUCAGCACUGCAGCCAGCAGAGGUGGGACUAUGCCACCGAGGUCCUGAAAGGCCUGGAUCUGUGGAGCCAAGCCGAGGAGCUGCACAAAGUCUUCAAAUAUUCUGACCAUGAGAAGACUGAUUACGAGCUGGAGAAGGGCUCUGGCUCCAAGCACAUCUCCCAGCUUCCCACGGAGGUUCUGCUGAGGAUGUUCCGCUACCUUGGCCCAGAGGACCUGUGUCGCUGCGGGCAGGUGUGCAGCACAUGGGCAGAGUUGGCUAAGACGGGGUCACUGUGGAGACACCUGUACCCAGUGCGCUGGGCUAGAGGUGAUUAUUACUGCAGUGCCCCGACUGAGCUGGACCAGGAGCCUGAUGAUGAGUGGGUGAGGAACCUGCAGGAGGAGGCGCGGGCCUAUCAGGAGUGGGACGAGGAUGCUGAUGUUGAUGAGUCUGAGGAAGCUUCAGGGGACAUUCCAGCCAUCAGUACUGUUCAGAGGGAGAAGAAACUGCUGAAUGGAAUGAUCCAGAACCUUCUGCCUGCAGUUGGGCCAUCUGUCAGGUCCAUAGUCCUGGCCUACAGCUCAGCUGUCUCUAGCAAGAUGGUUCGUCAGAUCCUCAGUCUCUGUCCAAACCUGACUCAUUUGGACCUCACACAGACUGACAUUACUGAUUCUGCCUUUGACAGCUGGGCGGAGCUGGCCGCGUGUCGCUCUCUAGAACAUCUGGACCUCUCAGGCUGUGAGAAGAUUACUGACCUGACGCUGAAGAGACUGUCUCUUGGCUUAGGUGACCUGAGCCUGCCCGCCUGCUCCAAAAACAGCGCCGGCCUCCUGAACAGGUCAUCCUCUCGAAUCAAGCUGCAGGACGAGACGGACCUACGCCCCAUCGCCCGCCCUCGACAGGCCCUGAUCUUCAAGAGGAGGCCGGGAGCGCUGGGCACCGGCUGCGACCCCGCCCACGUCUGGGUCCUGGAUCAGAGAGAGUUAGUGGACAUUGAGGAUGCAGUGGAGUGGAGCUGGCGAGGGGGCGUGAUUGCCCUUGAGCAGCACUGCGGCAGUUUGGAAACACAGGCCAAGAGUGGCUCGUGCUGUUGCAGGCAGAGCCGGAAACGGGGGUUCAGGACUGGCGCGAAGGCCCCCUACUGGCAGCAGCACGCCACUACACUUGGAGACGUGCAGUGUGGCCACUCCACUUGCUGCAACACUGACAGGAAGCUUUGGACUGCGUGCCACCCGCUGGAGACAGAGGGUAGCGCUGAAACACAGACUAAAAGCCCAUCUGAGGCUCACAGAGCCCGUGGGCACCAAAACAGGACUUGUCGUGUGCUGAGGUUUCUCAGCCUGUCUGGAUGUUAUCUGGUCACAGACGUGGGCUUGAGGGCUCUGUCACAGCGGGGCGGGCUUCCUCGUCUGGAGCACCUGAAUCUCUCUGGGUGUCUCUUCAUCACUGAGGUUGGCUUACAGGAGCUGGUCUUAGCUUGCCCAGCUCUCAAUGAUGAACACUUCUACUACUGCGACAACAUCAACGGUCCCCAUGCAGACACAGCCAGCGGCUGCCAGAACCUUCAGUGUGGCUUUCGAGCCUGCUGUCGCUCCGGAGAGUGACUGCCUAACCUUCUCACCCCCCCCCCUUUCUUCACAUUCUGCCCCAAUCCAUCACCUCCUCUCUGCACCCUCUUACCACAUAGAUCACCUCCUCUUUUGCACUUUAACCUCAGAAUGCCAUUUUUCUCUCACUUCUUUUUGUUUCUUUAAAAAAAAAAAAAAAGAAAGAAAGAAAUUCAGUAAGUGAACUCCUGAUGAACAUCAUCUCCAGAUGUGUAUUCUGAAAUAUAACCAUUUAAAAAAAAAAACAGAUUAAAAUUUGGUUUACUGGGUGUUGGAUGAAAUAUUCACAAAUAUCAGCUAAUCCUAUUUGGAAAGGCAAUACUUAUCGAAAGUACGUUUUUGUGCCGUAAGGAAAUAUUUCAAAUGUAGUCAUCAAGUAAUUGUUUUUCCGUUGCAAUAUUAACCGGCUUUCAUGGAAGUGAAGCAGGAAGUAGUGACCUACAAGCUGUAUCUCUUCAAAAGUCAUGCGUAGAGCACUACUUGGCAAUUAUCGUACUGUAAGUUUGGUUAAUAGCUGUUAAUUCAUAAACUCAAGAUUUCCGCAUUUAUUCACAUGCUUGGGCAUCUCUCCCGUUCAGUGUUCUCACUUUUGACAGACAUAGGAACUGGAUACUCAUAUGUUUUCAGUUGUAGAGCAGCUUUAUUUCGGGUUUUUACAGGCUUCUUUGUGAGAUUUAACUGACAUUCAAUAAGAAAUACCUUCACUUCAUAGGAGACGAGAGCUUGACCCCGGCCGUUCACUUUAUUUCAAAGCUGUCAAUCAAAGAGUCAGUCAUAGGACUGCGCAUUUCAUGCUUGUUCUGAAAAAUCUGCAUGCUCAGAAGCAGAACAUUAAAAGUAUC